AUGCCCGGAGGAAGACUAGGUGUUCCUGUAUCACUUUCCGACAGAGUUCAGAUGCUGAUGCAGGGAGGAGAACGAUUUGUUCCUGUCCCCGGCGGCAUGGUAUCGGAGUCUUUCGCUAAAGACGCGCUUCUAGCGUGGUUCCUAGGCGAGUUCACAGCGGCCAAUGCGAUAAUUGAUGAGCUGAUGAUUCAUAUAGGGGAACUACCAGGGUUCGAUGGGAAGAAUUAUGAGGCUGCAUCAGUUGCAAUACAUAGGCGGCGCAUGAACUGGGUAGCUGUAAUUAGGGAUCGUCAGUUCUUUCCCAUAACUGAGGUGGCGAGGGAGCUUCGGAAGGUAGCGAGAAAAGUGAGAGAGGAUGGAAAGGUGACGGAGGAAAUGAACGGCGGCGGUGAUGAGGUGGCGAAUAGGGGUUCCUGUAAAUGCAAGGAGUCGCAUGAAAGUGAUGAGAUGCCUGAAACAGCUGCAGGAUCAAAAGCAGUGCAACAAAUGUUGCAGAGCUCGAGCCAAGAUGAUUGUGAAGCAAGUGCAAUGAACCUGACUAAAGGGUUCACAGCCAAGGAGCCUCCGAAACUACAUAUGGUUAAUAUUGUAGCCAAAGGGCUAAAAGUAUAUGACAACAUAUUUACCGAUACCCAGCUCUCUAAGCUGACAGAUUAUGUGAAUGAGCUCCGUGUUGCUGGUCAGAAUGGCGAGUUAUCAGGUGCGACCUUCAUUAGGUACGACCAGGCUACACAGCAAGUGAGUGGUGGAAACAAGAGGGAGUUAAUUCAGCUUGGAGCUCCCAUCUUUGGAGAUCAUGUAAUUAAGGAAGCUGCUAGAAAUCAAUUUCUUGAGAAUCAAGUUGAGCCCAUUCCAGAUACUCUACAAGGUGUCAUCGACCAUUUGGUUCAGGGGCAUCUAAUUCCUGAGCAUAAAAAGCCGAACGGCUGUUUAAUUAACUAUUUUGAUGAGGGGGAGUUUUCUGAUCCUUUUAUGAAACCAGAUCAGUUGGAGCAUCCGAUUUCUACACUUUUCCUGUCAGAGUCAGAAAUGGCUUUCGGAGAUACUCUUGUCAGUGACGAUGAUGGGAAGUACAAAGGCUCACUUAUGCUCACCUUGAAGGAAGGGUCUCUUUUGGUGAUGAGAGGUGAGAAAGGUAAUGUGGCCAGGCAUGUUAUGUGCUCAUCUCAAAACAAAAGAAUCACCAUCACAUUCUUCAGAGUCCGGAUGGAUGCACAGAAGACUCCAUCUCCGAUUCCUCCUAUGACGUCUGACGCCAUGACUCCAUUGCAACCUGGCGACCCCACUGAUGCAGCAGCAAAUGGAGCAGGAAGUAGUGGGAAAGAUGCACUGGAUUUGGUUCCGAAAUUGAGUGUUUCCGGGACCCCAAUGGUUAUGGUGCCUCAAGUUCCACAGACGGUCCUCAGCCCUAAAAGCUUGUCACCCGGUGGCACUGGGGUAUUCUUGCCUUGUAGUGCUAACAACUCCAGAGGACACAAUAAAAAUCGGGCUCGGCGCCGUGCUCAGAAAGGACGGAAGGAUGGUUUCUAGCUGACAAAUGCCUAGAGUAAAAUUAAGAUCAUUUUGUUGGAUGCAUGUUGUGCCCUAGAGAUAGUUAUGUUUUAAGUUGAAUUUGUGCAUUAGCCCUUAAGAGGACGAAUGGAUUG